AUGUUUGGAGCAGCGGAUUUCCACAGGAGGGCUGGUGCUGGAGUUGAGCAGCAUGGCAACUGCCAGAUACAGGACCAGGAUUUCUUCAGCUGCUACGACUGCGUGCAGCAGUGCGAUCUGGGAGCCCUGGCUGACCUGGACACCUCAAAGCCCUCUGUCCAGGCGCACAUCACAGAGUACCUGAAUCGACUGGCUUCGCUUGGAGUUGCCGGCGUGCGCAUAGAUGCUUCAAAGCAUAUGAACCACUGGGAUGUGGGGAGCAUCCUGCAGGGCGUCAACAGCAGCCUGUAUGUCUACCAUGAGGUUCUGGAGGGCUGUGGGGAGCUUGUGAAGCCCACAGAGUACACUGGGCUUGGACAGGUGCUCUGA